GCUCCUGUUAUCCUGUAAACAGGAUCUUUCUUUCGGCCUUCCAGUCUCGCGACGGACGUCGAUCGUCCUGCUGGAACAUCUCGUGCGUUUCAUUUAUCAAUACGAAACACUCUCAAGUUCAAGUUGCUUCGAGAGGACGAGUUCACAUACAUCAUCUUUUUCCAAAAGAUAAAUCAGUAUAUUUGAUUAUACAUACAUAUAUAUUCUUUUUCUUUUUUCUCUUGAAACUUUGUUCUCAGUGCGCCACGUCUCGACCGGCGUUGAUCCGUUUAUAGUAUACUCUACAGCACGGAACCCUCGGCAACAGACGAUACGAAGAGCUCUGUUUCGUUGGAUUGGAUGAGAUCUGUUAAAGACACAUCAUGUUUGCAAAGUCUAAGAGCAGCAGUUCGUCCUCCAAUUUUCAAUUAGCAAAUCCAAUAAGAAAUUUCUGCGAAAUUGGGAAGCAAACAGCUACCGCGGGACCGGAACAUGUUUGGCGUAUCUACGAUGCUUACAGUAAAGAAGAUGGGAAGGAAGUUUCUGUAUUUCUCUUCGACAAACGUUCGGUGGAAAAACUUCACAAACCAAAACGCAAGGAAACAGUUACAGAAAUAUUACGGAAUGGAGCUAAAGAAAUGCAACGUUUUAUCCAUCCAAAGAUAUUGCAGGUAUAUAAAGUUGAAGAAUGUCCUGAAACGUUAGCCUUCGCCUCAGAACCGGUCUUAGCUAGUCUUGCAAAUGUCUUAGCUUAUCAAGAGCAACAAGAACUUAUCAAUAAACAAAAUACAUUAUCGCAAAGCCAUCGUCCAGUUUAUGUAAAAGAAUAUGAAUUAUUGGAUAUUGAAAUUAAAUAUGGCUUGUUACAGAUUACCGAAGCUUUGCUAUUUCUGCAUACGAAUUCUCAUACCAAAAUUCUUCACAGAAACGUUUGCCCGAGCAAUAUUAUAAUAACGAAAAGAGGAACGUGGAAGCUUGCCGGAUUCGAAUUUAUAGAGGUGGUCAAUGAGAUACCAUUUACUAUACAACCAUGGACAAGUAGAACGUCAAAAAUGGCCCAACCAAAUUUGGAUUAUUUAGCACCGGAAAUCCAACAAAAAAAAUUAGGUAGUUUUAGUAGCGACAUGUAUAGUCUUGGAAUGACGAUAUGUGCUAUCUUCAAUCGAGGCAGACCCUUGAUUCAAGCCAAUCACAAUUGUUCCGAGUAUCUGAAGCAAUUAGAAAAUCUCGAUGAUCGGGUCGGCAUUAUUCUACCGUCGGUCGCACUUCCUCUGAGAGAAGCAGUUUCAAGACUUCUUCAAAAGGAUAUUGAUCUAAGGCCUACCGCUCAAGUUUUAUCAAUGAUCAAAUAUUUCCGGGAUCCGCUCGUGCACGCCCUUCAGUUUCUGGAUGUGAGCAAGUUGAAGGACUUGAUGCAAAAGGAACAUUUUUAUAGGACGACCCUGAAGGAAUUGUUGCCGUAUAUACCGAAGAAACUAUUGUAUCAACACAUUUGGUGGUAUCUCCAAGCUGAGCUGCAGACCCAGGAAGUCUUAUCGGCGGUCCUGCAACCGAUCUUAUACAUCAUUGAAAAGAGUACUAAAGAAGAAUACGAGAAAAUAAUCUUUCCCACCCUGAGACCGCUCUUCUCGAAUCGGAAAUCAAUUAAUGGUACCGUAACGCUGUUAGAAAAUUUGCAUGUAAUAUUGGAGAAGACACCCGAUGAGUAUAUAGAUUCUGAGGUUCUACAGAUGUUAUACACGAGUUUUGAGAAUUCUACGAUGCAGGUGCAGACGGCCGCUUACAUAGCAGUGACCAACGUGACGGAUUAUCUCAACGACGAAGCUAUAAGAAAUAUAAUAUUACCAAAGUUACUUCAGGCCUUCGACAAUGGUACCGUCGACGAGCGUAAAUUGAUGAAAGUGGUUUACUGCAUAUUAAAUCGCCUCGAGAAGCAGAAGAUCAUAGACUACGUGUUACCCCUUCUGUGCAAGGUUAAACUACAAGAACCCGAGAUCGUAGUUCGGGUUGUAAAUAUUUACAAAUUGAUGCUCACCGAUAAGAACUACGGUCUUUCCGUCAAUUGGAUGGCAACACGAGCAAUGCCUUCGUUACUUCCUCAAACUGUCAAUCCAGGAUUAAAUUUGGAACAAUUCAUGUUACUUUUCCAAGUGCUUCAAGAAAUGUUGAAUCACAUAGAGAGGAAUCAAAGAAAUAAGCUCACUCUAGACAAUCUCUCUUUACCGAGUCCGGAACGUUAUCGGCCUUUCCGACAUCAGCAUAGCACGGACAACAUGCACGUUCCACCGUUCAACAUCCCGAAUUUAAGGAUCGAUCAACGAAAGACUUCGUCGGCCGAAGAUAUGGCGAGAAAGAAUAGCAUGACUGAACCAGAUAGGACGGCCUCAGCCGAAAAUAUGGCGCGGAAAAAUUCAAUGAUCUCCACUUUCGGAGGGUGGUUCACAGCAACGAUGAACGAUAGCAAUUUCUUAAAAGUGCACAACGCCUUCACGAGUAGACGUCUUUCGGAUAAUACUUUAAUGACACCUAAAAUACGCGUAGCACCAUCUUGCGCCAGCUCACCGGGUGGAACACCUGGUGGUGGUUUACCUGUACGUCGUCAUUCGAGCAUAGGGCCUCAAGAACGACGUGGAUCGAACAUUAAUCUUUCACCGCCCACGGGAGGCGGAAUGCCAAUAACAAGUAGUAGUGUGCCAUAUCUUCUCAGUUCGAGUAUGAAUAGUGUUCGAGGAUCAAGACGUCCCUCGGUAUCAUCAACGUCAUCCCAGCAAGGACUUCUUCAGCAGGUUGGCUCCAGCAUGGUAAGACAACUACCCCCCAUCUGUCUCAACCUCAAUGGACCACCACCACCACCAACACUCUCUCCAUCACUCCAGCUACCGGGACAACAUUCCCACUGACCCUUGGUUACAGUUAUCAGUUCUUCAAUAGACAAACCGACUCAUGAAGCGUGCAAGCAGAAAGAAAGGAGAGAUAGAGGAACGUCAAUCGCUAAAUUGUACCUCAAAAAUAGAAGAAUGUUUAUCUUUCUGGGGAAUUUAGAGAAAGUACAAGACCACUGUGCAAAAUACAAAAGUAAAUUGCCUUUUCUAAUAUUAUCAAGAAUCUGGUACGAUCAGAAUAAGGUAAGUUGUACAAAUUCAAGCAUCGCCAAAAGAAAGUAUUCGAUGUCACGAUGAUGAAUUCAUAAAUUCGACUUCACUUCGAGGAUUGACCUUUCUUUAAAAUUCUUCGAAAAAUUUUCUUCUUCAAAGUAUCUACAAUUUGCAACGAUAAUAUA